AUGCAGCGAUUCCUCGUGUUCAAUCUGUUCAUUCUAGCAAUCUGCCAUGCCGAAAUCAAAUCCGUCGACGACCCUCCGCAGCAUUGGCGAGCGAUUCUUGGUGAUAUUUGUCAGCUUCCAUCUUUUCCGCGAGCCACUGGUGAUCCACAUCGAUAUGUGGACUGCGUCCGACAAGAUUCUUUAAUAGGAAACAGGGAAGACCUGGGAAUAUGGUUGCUUCGCGAAUGUCUUCCUGGUUACGAGUUCGUCGCCUGGGCGCGUCGAUGUAUGACAAGCAGAUCCGUGAAAAAGCAACAAGAACUUUGCAAUUCGUAUAACUCAUCCAUCUACCAGUUUUGCCCAUCUGAAACGAAAACUGAGUUCCUGAUCGAGGAGAUCCGAGACGAGCCUCGACAAUGUGAAUGUCCAAACGGCGAGAAUAACUGUGUGUGUCCGAGUCCGGAGAUUCUCGAGCUGGCCCGAUUUCUUUUACAGCCGUUCCAGUUCUCGCACUACCCGUUAUGUCCAUGCCCGGCUAUUGAGCCUGCGUGUGCCUGUGUCACAACAAAUAACCAGGAUGAGAAGGUACAUCGUUUAUUUUUCCCUUCCGAUUUCUCGAGUAGGUCUUCUUUCCUAAGAAUAUACAAAAUCAAAGCAAAACACAUUAAUCUGCAGCACAACUGUCAAACGACAAGCACACAGCAGCAGUACUGUCCGCAGCAACAGCAACAGUCGACUAUCGUGCGACCACAGGCCUGCCCUCUCGUACAACAAGGACUGCAAAGAACUCAGUACCAGGGCAUCUGUUCGUGGAUGGUGGACCCGUUAGCUGCAGAUCCACAAUCGCGAACUCAUUACUUACAAUGCCAACCGGCUCCAAAGAACUUGUUUUGUGGACGAUGGCAGCGCAUGCCCUGCGCUCCUUCGACCGUAUUUGAUGUCCAAGCGCAGGUGUGCGUUUGGGACACACAAACGUCCUUGCCGGGAGCAGUGCCUCCUGCUGGACCGCACGUUCCACCACCUGCUCUACCUCCUCCACAAUGUUCUUGUUUAGGUGGCGUUCUGAUUGGCUCAUGCAAUCAGAACUUUCAAUGCCCAGGACAGUCCGUGUGUCAAGUGGGCCAAAACUACGGAAAACAGGUAAUUAGUACAUACUAUCUUUAUCGAAAGUGUCUUAUUCUAUUUGUCUUCAUAUUACAUUUUCUUUGUUUCGUUUUCGGGAUGUUUGCCGUCCAGAUUACUAAGGUAGCGGUCCUAGAUGUCUAA